CAGGGAGGGACAAGGGAGAGGACCUGCCAGAGAAACAGAAAAAGGGGGAAGGAGGAAGAAGAGUAAGGAAGGAGAGGUUCUUAGGGAAAAGCAAGGGGCAGAGCGACUCUGGGGAGCCGAGGGGCCACCAGCAUCUGAUGCCAGGUGUCACUGAGGGGUGCUGAGCAGGCACAGCCAAGCGGAGCAGCUCUUGUGAUCUCCUCUCAGCUCUCAAGAUGAUGAAGAGGCAGUUUAAUCGGAUGCGGCAGCAGCUGUCCCAUCCCAACAGCACCAGCCGAGCCCAAGAAGCAACCGAGCUCCUGCCAGAAGAUUUGCUGCAGAUCGAGCAGAGGAUCGAGCCAGCCAAGCGAGCAGCUCACAGCGUGUCCAAGAGGCUCCAAGCCUGCCUGCAGGGGCAGUGUGGUUCCGAGAUGGACAAGCGAGUGAAGAAGAUGCCCUUGAUGGCUCUGUCCACAGCAAUGGCUGAGAGCUUCAAGGAACUGGACACAGAAUCUAGCCUCGGGAAAGCCCUGGAGAUGGCCUGCUGCAUACAGAGCUCACUGGCCAAAAUCCUGGCCGAGUUUGAAAUCACCCUGGAGCACGAUGUCCUGCAGCCACUCAACAAGCUCAGCGAAGAAGAGCUUCCCAUCGUCCUGAAGCGUAAGAAGACCCUCCAGAAGUUGAUCUCUGACUGGAACACCAUCAAGAGCCGGCUGAACCAAGCUGCCAAGAGCACCAGUAAUAGUUCUGGUCCUGGCGCUGGCCCUGGGGCAUCUUCUGCUGCCAACAAACUGGAGAUCUUGAAGGAAGAGGAGGAGGAGGUGAAGAGGAAGGUGGAGCAGUGCAAGGAUGAGUACAUGGCUGACCUCUACCACUUCUCUACCAAAGAGGACAGCUACGCCAGCUACUUCAUCAGACUGCUGGAAAUCCAAGCCCAGUACCACCGGCAGUCCCUGGGAUCACUGGACUCAGCUCUGGCAGAGCUGAAGGAAUGCCACAGCCAGACAGAGCCCUCCUUCACCCCAGCAGUGGGGUACUAUGGCGUGCCCCUAGAAACACACCUCAAGAGCUUGGGAAGGGAGAUUGCGCUGCCCAUCGAAGCCUGUGUCAUGAUGCUGUUGGCCUCUGGCAUGAGGGAGGAGGGACUCUUCCGGCUGGCAGCGGGUGCCUCAGUGCUGAGGAAGUUAAAGAGCAGCUUGGCCAGCGGCUCCAACGCCCUAGAGGAGUUUUACUCAGACCCCCACGCUGUGGCUGGUGCGCUGAAAUCCUACCUGCGGGAGCUGCCCCAGCCUUUGAUGACCUUUGAGCUCUAUAACGAGUGGGUGAAAGUGGCCAGCCUGAAGGACGCUGAUGGCCGCGUGCGAAGCCUGCAGGACACCUGCAGCCGCCUGCCCCGCGAGAGCUACAACAAUCUCAGGUAUCUGAUCAAGUUUUUAGCCAAGCUGGCCGAACACCAGGAGUUGAAUAAAAUGACCCCCAGCAACAUCGCCAUCGUGCUGGGCCCCAACCUGCUGUGGACGCAGCAGAGCAAUGAAGACCCUGUGCAACUGGACUUGGCCUCGGUCUCCUCCAUCCAGGUGGUGGGUGUGGUGGAAGCCCUCAUCCAGAACGCGGACACCCUUUUCCCUGGAGAGGUAGAUUUCAACGUCUCGGGCAUAUUCACUCCUCCCGUAAACAUCAGACUUGGUGAAGCUGCCCCAAAGAAAGAGCUGUGCCCCAAUUCCCCUCUGGCUGGCACCCCUGCUCUCCAGGAUGGAGAGACCACCUCGAGGGACCCCGAGGCCAGGUCCCCGCCAGCAUCCCCUGCGGUGACCAGAUCAUCUCCAGAAGCCACAGGGCCAGCAGCUCUGCAGAUGACCGAUGACACCGCCCGCAAAGGCAAGCGCCCGGCUCCAGCCCGCCCCGUGAUGCCGCCGCCGCCGCCCGUGGCCCAGCCCCGCAGCCCCGCUCCCGCCCCCGCAGCCCCCGAGCACGCAGCCAGCCCCAAAGCCCGGCCACGACGCCUGGCGGGGGCGCCCAGCCGAGCCCCUCCCGUCCCGCCGCCGCUCCCGCCGCAGCCGUCCCGCCGCCGCAGCCGGGACACCCCGCCGCCCCCCGGGACACCCGCCGGCGAGGCCGAGACAGCCGCGGGGCAGCCGCCGCCGGAGCGGGGACGAAGCCCGCCGGCCACGUCGCCGCCAGCAGCGCAGCCCGCGGAGGACUGAGCAGGGUGCGGGGCACGGGGGUCACCACGGGGCUGGGAGACGGGAGCGCAGCGCUCCGCGGGACCUGCGGAAAUGCCGGGGUGGCCUGAGAGGACAGAGCGUCCCUCCAGCUCCUCCUCGGCUCACGGCAGGUGGGACCCUCUGCCCGCCGUUCCCUGCUCUCCCGUCCCCACGGAGCCUUCCACCCCACGCCUGCACGCUCCUGCCGGCGAGCCACGCUGGGCUUCAGGCCCUGCCAGCCCCGCGGGACCCAGCCCUGGGCCGGGGUCCCCCAGCUGCGGGUGAAGCCACCUCCACGGGUGCUCGGGGAGCAGGAGGGGCUGCCAGGAGCAGCUCCCGGGCACCGCCGGCCGCUUCUUCGGGCCAUCGCAGGCAGGCUGGCCCCGCGGGGCCAGUUGUGGGCACGCAGCUGUGCUCCCAGCCCCUUCCCGCCCCGC